CUCUCUCGAUUGUCGAUACAAUCGAUGGAUUGUGCAUUGCGUCUCAUAUUUUGCCAACAUUGUGUUCCGUUAGUUGGUGCUUUGAGCAGCAAUCACGGUAGAUGUGUUGAAUCACACAGCGUGUACGAAUGCAGUAUUUCGUCGCAUUCCAAACAGAGCACACCGACUCUCUUUCCAGCGGAGCACAUUGUCUCACUCUGUGUGUAUUUUUUUAUUCGCGUCAUUUUUUGUCAGACUUUAAGUUUUGUGUAUAAUAUUUUGUAUUGAAUAAAUUGUAUUUUUCGAAAUGAGUCGACGAAGAUCGGUAUUCGAGUUGACCAUUGUUACACAAAGUCAAUUGAAGCAGCAAGAAGAGCCACUUUCAAACGAAAUCGAUCAAAAUUUACGAACACUCGCAUUGGUGUACCCGUUGUCCGACGCCGCGAAGCCGCUCUUGGUCAAGAAUGCAUUUGUGAAAGCUAACAAAGUGGCGUUUCAUCAUGUCUUUCAUUAUUUGGUCAAUUUGAUCAUCAGCGCCGUGGAAUAUCGUAAGCGUUUUCGUUGGCCAAUCGUUUCAUCGAAAGAGGAUGCCGAUUUCCGAGUCGCAGUUUUGGCAUAUUUCAAUGAGUGUCACAGGAACUUCAAAUGGACGAUCGGCCCAUUCAAAAUGCAAGUGGUUCACUUUCCUGGCGGCGUAGAAUUCAUGAAAAUCAUCGUGGAAUUAUCGAAAGCAGCGAUGCACACGGUCCUGAAGGAGAAUGACAGUUUGCAUUUGAUCAAUUCGAAUGGGAUGGGUUUGCGCGAGGCACAGGCAAAACUACAAGCAGCUCAAUGGUCAUGUGCGGAAUGGGAAAAACAUGGCAGUAAAUUUCGGGAAUUGUGCGCCGACGUGAAGCAACGAACAUGCCGCUUGCAAGAAGUGAUGUGUCGCAUGUUAAUAAACACGACGAUUACGGAGAAGAUGAUUUGUGAAGGCUUCUUGGCUGACUGGGAAGCAAAUCAGCACGAAAUCAUUGACAAAGAAAUCAUACCGAAACUUCAACAGCUCGAGAAUUGGUUCACAAAGUGCAACUCCUUUGAACAACAGCUGAUGGUCACCAAACCAGCGCAGCUUAGCUUCGAUAAGGAUAAGAUGAGUGCACUCGGAUUGUUACAAGUGGCAGAACUUUUUAAUCCCCAAAUUGAUUACGAUAAACUGUAUGCGUGGUUUAUUGGUGCGAUGCCAGAGUUAAUUAAUGCGCUGUACUUUAAACCACCAUGGUCUUUGUCGCGGCUUAAAACGGAGUCCCAAUUACUGGACCAAUGUUUACGACGCGCUAACAUAUUAUUCACUCGUCUCGAUAUGAUCACAUUGGAGUUGCCACUGGAAAUGAAUGAAGCUUCUGAUGAAACUGCAAGAUCAGGCACACAGCUCAGUGAUUGGCACUUGAUGUUGACACCGACAAUGAAAUGCCCGGUGAAUAAAGAUGUUCGCCUAAACAUUUGGGAAGCUCUUCCCGCAAUGGAUUUGCCAGUACGAAUAAUGCAGCCGACAACGAUGAUACACAACUCGACAACGAGUAGUGAUGAUACCUCAGGUUUCUCUGAUGGAUCUGGAUCGACCGAUAUCACAGCAGUGCGAACCAUGUCCACUAAACUGGAUCCAAUGGCAAUGUUGAACACGGCAAUGCAGCGCAACAAGGGACUCAACAAAACAAAGUCCAGCCCACGUCGAAAUGCGUUCGCAUCGUCACCGUCGAGAUCGAACAUGCCGGCAUUCCACAGUACAAUGAUUCCCGAGGUCGUUGAAGAUCAAUUGAAAAGUCCGAACACUAAAAUGAAACCGAAUCACGUCGACUUUGGCCCAUUGCGUAAAAGAUUAUUUUAGUCUGCCGAAUGCGCAAGGCUUAUUGUUCAUGGCUAGAGCCAUAGAUUUCACUUUUUCUAUUGUUAGAGCAUGAAUUGAUUUGAAUGUGCCGAAAAGAUAGACAAGAGCCGCUUUUCGAAGCCAUUUAACAUUCAAUCAAACAGUUCCAUUUGUUAUUAUGAAGAGAACAAGCAAGAAAAUUAAAUUUGUUGAUCGAAUUGCGAAUUAAAUAAAUAAAAUUCAGUAAAAUUGUGAGAAUUCCAUGAAAAAA